UUCUACAUCUCUGACCCACAUGACAAGGGCCUCCCCUUGUGUCUGGUGUGUAAAACAGCAAGAGCAUUAGGAAGUGAAACCGUGUUAUUUCAGCGUGCUGUCAUAAUAGCGGCAUAAAACGUCUCUUUACACAUACCAGUGUAAGUUUUCAGCUAAGUUCUUUCUGGGAUUCAUCUUCUUGGUGAUCUGCUAUCUGUGUAAAACUGUGCUGUCAUAACUGACCAAGAAUAGAAAAAUUAUUAUAUUUUCUAGUAUAACCUGAAACAAAAAAGGAAGAGAAUUUUUAGCACUUCCUUGUUUGUGGAGGUUCGCGGAAGAGUUCUCGUGUGGCGCAGAUAUGAAAUCCCAAAUAUUUGACAAGAUCUCUGUCCUAAUCCUGUCUGUGUGUUUCCGACUCAUAUCUACUACAUCAGAAUGCACAUUAAAAACUAUAAUGUGUUCUGAAAUCCUCGUUACUGAGGGAUUUAGAUAUGAACAUGAAUGCCCACAAGGAAGCGAAUAUUCGGUCGAAGGAAACGAUAAGAUGAAUUUCGGUUCUGCUGAUCUACGCGAACAGGUGUUUAACUUUGUUUCACCAGUAGUGAAAAUGGAUAACCAUUCAGUGAUCACAGACGACUGCCAGGAUCUUAACAUUACAUGUACACGUUUUACUGAAAACCUUAAAAAACUUGCCGGAGAAAAGUGUGUGAAUUUCAAAUCCAUCCCUGCUUCUCAAGAAGAGAAAUUUCCACCGGGGAAUCUUAGUGUGAGUCCUCCGCCACCAACCCAGGGUCAAAGCAACCUUACAUGGACUGCAGCUCUGGUGAUUCUACUUGUUGUGAUUCUACUUGUUGUCUAUGGACUAAUCUCAUACUACUGCUGGAAAAAACAUAAGGAAGGUGGGAUAUUCAAGUGUCUCCAAAGAAACCAAGAAGGAAGUGGAUUCCCAAUGGUUCCAGGAGGAGACGUAGAGGGACAAAACAACGCUGAUGUCAGGAAUGGAGAAGAUCCACGUGGAUGUGGUGAAAGUGACCGAGACGCACUUCAAAGUGCUGUGAGUGGAAGCAAGGGCUCUCCUGAUACCACCACUCCAUCCGAUCACAACCCAAUGAACAGCUGUAGAAACAUGAACGAGGAGCCAGGCGGAACAAAUGGAACUAAAGGAGGAGGAAAUAAGAGGGAGCUGCAUGGCGGAGGGGCUGCUGCUCAUCAUCACGCUGAAGAACAACCACUGCUGCCAGAUCAGCGAGCUGCCAAUGGAGAUUUCAACAGGUUUUCCGAAGACGUGGCUAUUGUGAACGAGCUUAGCUCCAACCAGGACCCAGUCAGCAGACCCUCUGCAACACCAAAUGCUGACGUGGAGUCAACACACCCUGAAAAAACAACAAAUUAAUUAUAAUAGAUAAAUAUGACGUACUAUAUAUGUAUAAUAAUAAUAAUAAUAAUAAUAAUAAUAAUAAUAAUAAUAAUAAUAAUAAUAAUAAUAAUAAUAAUAAUAAUAAUAAUAAUAACAUCCCUGUCACUAUGUGAGACACUUCCUGACAUGACCUUUAGGCUUAAGUGCAGUUAUUUUAUCAAUUUCACACACACAAACACACACACCUUUUGUCUUCAAAAAAAUCUUUAAUAAUCAAAAGAUGUGUGUCAAAUGACUUGAAAACAAAUUCAAGCAUUUAAAUGUGCUUGUUUCUAUUAUAUUCGGAAGAUUUGAAAAUUAUAACUAUCUUAACAACCGUUUCAGGUAUCUUACCCUGGUUGUCAUGGCAAUUAUCUAUAUGAUUUUCAUGCAAGAAAAUCUUGACUGCUGAACUUAGCCAAAGGAGUGGGUGAACUACGGAUAUGUCAGGAGUGUACCACAUAUGAGGGCUAGAGAAAAACAUGUUUCACUAUAUAAAACAUAUUAUGAAUAUGUACAGCUAAACUAAAGAUAUGUUUAAAAUAAAUAUGUCGGUAUUGUAUUUCAGUUAAACCCAAUAUCAUAUAUUCCUGGCAGAUUCGGGUUGUCACAUUUAUUCUCAAGGAAAGGAGUAAUAUUUUAGUGCCAGAUUCCAGAUAUAAAUCCAACAGGUAAAGAUUAGGGUGAUGGCAGGGAGGCUCCCAAUCUUAAAGACUUGGAGCUCCUCACCAAAAAGUAAAUUGUAAAAAUACCAGCAGAAAAAAGGCAAAAAUCUGGUCAUGCAAAAAAUUCAUAAUAAUGUUUUUGUUACUGUAACAGUUUAUUGCAAAUGCAAAUCACUUUUACAGGCUGUUUUUUAUUUUAUUUUUAUAAAAUCACAUGAAUUAAUAUUUUAAUAUUGAUCCUCCUUUUACAUUGUUAUUGGGAUGUCUGCCUCUUUUACUGUCAGAAAUCUUUUGAUUAAAUGAACAUAAAAUUAUUUUACAUAUGAAUCUGCCAGGUUAAUAAUUAUGUAUGUAUGCAAGUAUGUAUUCUGUGUCACAGUUACAAACUAACUGUAUACAAUAAUCCUUAUACUGUUAUGUUUUUUCUUUUUUGUCUAAUAAAUAUUGUUUUACAUUUCUUGUGCAAAAUAUCCUGUCAACGAAUCAUGUAUAUACUUUAUACUAAUUAAGUAGUGAGGCAUUUUUUUGUGUGUAACUGCAUCAUUCUAUCUUAAUUAGUUCUGUUGCAUCCAUUAUCACUUUUAUUACUGUAAUCUCUUGCCUUUCAAAUCUUAAAUAAAUUUGUUUUCUAAUGGAUCUCACUGCUUGAUUAUCGCCGUUCUUCACCGUUUUUUGUUACACUCCAGUUUUUACCACAAGGUGGCAGUAAAGAGUCACGCGGCGUGAAUCACUGAGGAAC